AUGAGCACUCGCAAUAGAACACCGCCGCUCCUAGAACCCUACCUCCGCCUCCCCUCCGAAGGUUCCCAGCUCCUUCUUACAGGCGUACUCGACUCUUCUCCCCAAUGGCUUGUUACUCGUCUCCUUCGUAGCGCAUUUGCUCCCUCGGAAGAAACAGAAUCGCCAGACGAGCAGGAUGUCAGUGUGGUACUGGUGUCUUGGUUACGCGACCAUGAGUUUUGGAAGAGCGAAGCCAGAAGAGGCGCUGGUAUCGAUCUCGCACGCCUCGCACAACAAGAUAAAUUCGUCUUUGUGGAUGGAUUGACGCAUCUAUUCCCUGUCACGACUUCAAAUACCGCUACUGCAACCACAUCAUCGCCGACAGCUUCCCAGACAGCACAGAGAAGCCUACCCGUCAGAAAUGCCCCUGCUUCACCGUUACCGAGCAGGGGAGGGCCACUGCCAUCUCGAGGCCCCAUACCCUCCCGCGGUCCCCUAGCACCUACUCCGUCGCAACCACAAGCACAAGUCCAACAACAACCACAGCAACAACCCGCCCAACCCUCAAAAACAACCCACCUCACCGACGCCUCAAUACUCUCAACCCACAAAACCCUCAGCGACAAACUUUCCUCCAUCUCCACCGCACACCCAACCCGCAAAAUUCACUUGAUACUCGACGCACCAACUCUCCUCCUCUCCACCUCUCCUACCCCUUCAGCCUCGGCAUUGUCUUCUCUGCUACUCUCCCUACGCAGUCUAGUAUCUACAACAACAUUGGUGUUAGAAGCCGACUCUCCUUUCCUGUCCGCUGCCCUCGCAGAUACAAAUCACAAUCCUACACCUUUGGAGGCAGCACAUGCGGCUUUUGUGGUUCAGCAAGCGCAUAUCAGUAAAUGGGUCUUGAGUUUGCGGCCAUUGGACACUGGAAAAGCUAGAGAUGUCAGUGGUGUGAUAAGAGUCAGUAGGGGUGGUGCUUGGGAUGAUGAUGUCGAAGAAGAUGAUGAGAAGGAUCAGAGGAAAGAGUUGGAAGCUCUCUACUUUGUGCAAAAUGAUGGUGGAGUCAGGGUGUUUGAGAGGGGCGAGGCUAGUGUUGGUUGA